CAUCAGCUUCGCGUAUUUAACCUUUGAGUGUUCUGACAUUGUUACAUGGAGUCCGUGAAUUCAAUUAAGGAAAUUCCGCUUUUCCAUGCCUGCGGUUUUCAGAGCCCGAAUCAGCCACACAAAGUGGUUGGAUCUGGGGCGAAAAUUACAGCUUCAACAACCAGAGACAACCCUUUUCCUUCUUUGCACCUCGCCUGCUUUUGCCAAUGGACUCUCCUAAUCUUCGAAAAGACAGCCCUAUACCGCUAGGCAACAUUUCGAAAUACACGGGUCUGAAACCACUGUAUCCGACUCGCUGCGUACACACCAUUUCCCAGGAAGACGAUAGUUCGGUGCUUUCUCUUGCAGCCAGUCGACGUUAUCUGUUCAGCGGCAGCCAAAGCUCGAAAAUUCACGUAUGGGAUCUUCAAACAUUUACUUUGAUCAAUAUAUUGGAUGGCCACCGCGGCAGCGUGUUGGGACUGACCCUAUCGGAUGAUCAGCAAUGGCUCUUCAGCUGUUCCGGGGACGGCACUGUUCGUGUGUGGGACACUGAGACGUUGAAAUGUGCUUAUCUGAUUCAAUCGUGCCAUGAUGUGGGAGAUAUCUUUUCGAUCGUCUAUUCCGAACAAUCGAACAUGUUCUUUUUCGGUAGCCAAAACACAAGCAUUCAGUGGUAUGAUUUCGCCGAUCCGCAAACGCACGGAUCAUCCACCGACGUGCCCAUCAUUCCCAUCACCCCCCGCAACAGUCAGAAAUCGAAAUUCUUUGAAAAUCACGACGAUGGCGACGAUUCACGCAAUGGGGACAGCGACGUGAUUCAAUGUGUCAUUCGGGAGAAAAAUGUAUAUCUGAACGCACACGACGGCUACGUUUAUUGUCUGCUUCAUUCUACCGAUGUCCCCAACAUUGACGGCGAAGUGCUGAUUAGUGGUUCCGGAGAUGGAGACGUAAAGAUUUGGUCCAUAAAGAGCGGCGAACUUCAUCAUUUGAAAACUCUCAAAGGAAAUUCGGAUAUGGGCGUACUGAGUCUUGCCUUGUCGGAAGAUGGCUAUUUGUUCUGUGGUGUGCAAGGAGGCGAUGUUCAGAUCUGGGAUCUCGAAACAUAUCAAUUGAUCCGCUCGAUGAUGGCUCACGCGGAUGACGUUCUGUCUAUCGCUAUCAAACAGCCUGGCCUAAUCAGUGCAUCGGCUGAUGGAACAAUCAAGGUGUGGGGCCAAAGCUUUGAAUUCCGAGAAUCCAUGGAUGAUCAUGAUGGCAUUGUUUUAUCCAUGACGACUUCGGAUGAUUACUUGAUUACUGGCAGUAGCGAUCAUUCUAUCAAAUUCUGGGAUAUGCCUUCCUUGUCCAAUCAUUGCAAUGAGUCGCAGCAGUUUAGACGAAAAAGUCUUAUCCAAGAUGUACCCUCCAGUGAACACACUCUGUUAUAUGUGCUGGAAAAAUGGAUUGCCAUGCGAACUGUGAGCGGCAAUCCUGAGUAUUUGGAAGAAUGCAGAAGAGGUGCGCGGUUUCUCAAAAACGUGUUGCAGCAACUGGGGGCCGUCAGUCGUAUGAUUCCUGGUCAAUGUGGACGUAAUCCCUUGGUGUAUGGCAAAUUCUACGGCAAACAACAACGUGGCGAAUCAAUGACAGAAGAUCAAAAGAUCCCCACGGUGUUGAUCUAUGGACAUUAUGAUGUCAUUAAUGCCGAAAAUGAAAAUCAGGAAUGGAUAAGUGAUCCCUUUACAUUGACCGGAAGAAACGGAUAUUUGUACGGCCGCGGUACCACCGAUAACAAGGGCCCAUUGCUAGCCUGCAUAUUUGCCGUUAAUGAAUUAUUGAACGAAGGGUUAUUGGAUGCCAAUGUUAUUUUCCUGAUUGAAGGAGAAGAAGAAAGUGGUAGCAUCGGCUUUUAUCAAGCAAUUGAAAAGCACAAGGAUCUCUUUGCGGAUGUGGAUAUAAUCUUGUUGAGCAAUUCGUAUUGGUUGGGUGAAGAUAUGCCUUGUCUGACGUACGGUCUCCGAGGCGUGGUACAUGCAUCGAUUGAGAUAUCCAAUACCCGAGCCGAUCUUCAUUCUGGUGUGGAAGGCGGAGCUGUCUCCGAACCUCUGGUUGACCUUAUUCAUGUGCUGAGUAAACUAGUGGACAAUGAGAAGCGAGUCCUUAUCCCAGGAUUUUAUGACCGUGUGCGGUCUAUUACAGAUGCCGAAGAAAAGCUUUACGAUCCCAUUAUCGAAUGGAUGCAAAAGUCCGAGAAGACGCCUUCAACCGCCAACCACUCGCGGAAUAGUACGGACAUGACAGCGGACGGCAAGUCUUCAUCGCCACUGGACGAACAACAAUUGAAGAACAACUUAAUGUCACGGUGGCGGUACCCUACAUUGACAGUGCACAAAAUUGACGUCUCUAUCAACAAUCCUACCAUUAUCCCUCGUCGCGCCACCGCCACUGUCAGUAUGCGCGUGGUACCCGAUCAGAAUAUCAAGGAAAUUUGCCAGCAGUUUGAAGGAUAUGUGAAGGAAGCGUUCCAGAGUUCUUCCUCCGAGAAUCAAAUCUCGGUUGGUAUCCAAAGUGCCGCUGAUUAUUGGCUGGGUAAUCCGGAAAACAAAUAUUUCAAAGCUUUGGAGAAAGCCAUUGAACAAGAAUGGCAUCAGAAGCCGUUGUAUAUUCGAGAGGGAGGUUCGAUUCCGGCUGUGCGAUGGCUUGAGGUGUUUUGCAACGCCCCCGCUGUUCACCUACCCAUGGGUCAGUCGUCGGAUCAUGCACACUUACAUAACGAACGGAUUCGUCUUCGUAAUCUGUACGCCGGCAAGAGAAUAGUCAAAUCGUUGCUUCGCAACUUACCUACGAAAGAAGUCAAGGAAUAGAAAAAAUAGAAAUAUGCUGGCUUUCUGCAAAUGGCAAUUCGCUCGUUUCAUCUUUUUUUUUUUUUUGCAUAUUGUGAACAAAAUGAAUCGAAUUUUCUCGAAAGAGCCAUCAUGACAAAGGUUCUUUCACUCAAGGUGUAUCACCUGGGCAUACGCAUUUGAGAAGUUCCCUGUGAC